AUGUCAAACACUUUAUACCUAACUUUACUUGAACAAUUGAGCCAAUACGAUUUUGAAUUGGAACAAUUAUCAAAAUGCUUCGCUGAUGGAUUUAAUCAACUCAGUAGAGCUAACUACUAUAACAAGGAUUCUCUAUUCGGUUCUAACUAUGGAUCCAUAUAUUAUGAUAUGAAUUAUGAAGGUCAAUUAUAUGUCCAAAUAUCUCUAAACAACAAUGAAAACGAUCAUCAAUUGACUAUACUAGAUAAAACUGGUAUUAACAGGAACACAGACAAUGAUCAAUCGUCUUUUCAAGCCGGAGCAUCCGGUUUAAAGCAAAGAAACAUUCAUAAGAGAGGAACUGGAAAAUUUAGUGGCUUAAAGGAAAAGACAGAAACUCUAGAGAAACAACCAAACGAAAGCAAUAUCAAGGGCCCAUAUGAUCCAAUAAAAAUGUUUGCAGGUGGGUUUAAUAUACCUAGACAACUAAGGAAUUCUCAACAACAUUUUAAAAGUUCCAUCCUUAUUAUUCAAAACUUAAUUAAUCGUAGAAUUAAAAUUAAUAGAUUAAUCAAUCAACUAAAACAACAAAGCAAAUAA